AUAACAAGCAUUUUUUCUUUUCAGACUGUGAGCAACCGUCCGAGAACUUGGUCCUCCUACUCGAACAUUCGUGUUAAAGAUGCCCAGGACUUCCUAAACAUGAACUCCACCGAUGAGAUAACUGUCUUCAAGGAUCCCAACGACCUGUAUAACUCUCCUACUCUCACACGAAGGACUUUGGGUUACAGUUAUGAUUUUCCAGAAAAGUCGCAAAAGAAAGAAAAAAAAUGGUCAUUCACCAAUAUGUUCAGAAGAAAAAAGAAGGAUGAGUCAGAUAGCAGUAGCGAGGAAGAGUGCCAAAAGAAAGGAUUUCUCAAUAGAAGAAAGAAGAAACCCGACUCAAAGAGGAAAAAACCCAUCAAAUCGGUAGGAACUUUCGAUCACGUAGUCAUACCACCUGUUCCUAGAAACUCCAUUAUUUAUAACGGAUACAACUGUCAUGAAGAAAAUGCUGUUCUAUCUGAUCCCACGGGAGGGUUCUCAAACUAUAUGGGGAGGAAUCUACCUCAGGUUCCCUCCAGUGGAUCCUGCCAAAAAGUUAGUAGAGAAUCUCUGAACGAUAGCAAUCUUUCCAGAAACAGCCUGGUAUCAGGGUCAAUAGACAGCGUUAAGAAGACUAGAAGAGAGCAAGCUAAAGCUCGAGCCGAAGCUAGGAUGACUUCUUCAAGAAAUGGUAGCAGUUCUGACGAUGACUCCCAUAUGUCUAACUCUUCCUUGAAAGUUCGAAGUGAAGAGGACCUCAAACUCAAAGACGGAUCAUCCAAUAGGAAAUCUCGAGCAGCCAGAACUGAAAGGUACUUCAAGCGACAUUCAAGAGACGGAGAAAAUCCUUUCAAUUAUCUGAGGCUGUCCAAGUCCGAUGUUGAACAUUCAUCGAUGAAUUGGAAAGUAUCCGAUGAAAGUAACAGAUCUCCGAGUAGAAGUCCAUUGGUACCAACUACCCCGAUAGAUACCAGACAUAAAUUAUCUUUUUCUAGUUUACACUCUCAAAAUUCCAAUAUAUCCGGAUUAUCUACAAUACCCCCUAGUCAUAACAGCCAAACCAAAUAUAGAGUUAGUAAUUCGACCAGCAACCCUUCAUAUAAGCCACCGCAAUCUAUGAACGACUACAAUAACAGCACCAAAAAGCAAAUUGAUUUCAACGGGGAUAAACAGUUGAAUGACCAGCGAAGCUAUUCAUACGAUGCGAACAUUCAUAAAGCUCCAUCCACAGACGUGCUACACGUUCAGUUUCCUAUAAUGAGACCAAAAGUGGGACACAGAAAUCUGAGUCUCCUUGAUACUUCACAAUUUGGAACAAAUAGACAACCUCCACCACCGCCCCCACGUGAUCCAAAUAGAACAAUUGGAAACCACUACUUUGAGAGUGGAAGACCGAACACUUUCUACUUUGACAAUAGCGGCCAAACUAAAUCUAAGUCAUUCAGCAAUUCUAAUCCCACUCCUGUUUUGAAACAGACGAAAAAAUUUUCUUCUUUCAAUCUGCAUCCCAGUUUCCGAUCAACUUCGGAAGAUCAUCUGCCCAGGGAUACUAUUAGCGUAUAUUUGGCAGAUAGGCCUUCUUCGACAACCCCUGAUGCUAACAAACCCCAAAGAUAUAUCACCAGAAGGGAGGAAGUUAAACCCAAUAAUAUAGGAUACAAUUAUUUGACGGAUAAGAAUCCAAGGAGCCGUAAACCUAUAUUCAUAAAACCUGAAGAUAAAAGUAGUAGUAACGUCGACUGUAAUAUUGAAGCUGGCCAGAAAGCGUUAGACUUCUGGAAACAAAUUGAUCGACAAAACAUCAAUAAGCCGAUAUUGAAGAAAACCAGAUCAGAUAGUCCACAAAUGUUUACCAGUCAUACUAGUGUGCAAACCAAAGUGUUUUUGCCUAGCGUUCUUCAAAAUGAUAAAAGUAAAUUGAAUGAAACACGCAGUCCUAGUCCAUUCAAACCGGCUACUCCAACUUUGCAAGAGGUCGCUAAAACACGGGUUGAAUCGCCACAAACACCUUUGAGCCAAGAAGAUACAAACCGAAAGUCAACCAAUUUAGAAGAAGCGUUAGAUGAAUUAGAAGCUAUUUAUAACAGUUUGAGGCUAGGUGAUGAAGAUUUACUCGAAAGGGCCGAACAAAGGGAAAAAGAAGCCCAAAACAGGAGAGUACCAGCGGAUAUUAUGAGUUCAUAUCCAAGUUUCACAUCUAGAGGAGCUAUGAGCGAUUCUAGUUUUAGCUAUGAGCCAUUCGAUUCGGUUGACUCACCAAGACGGAGGAGAAUGAUGAAGAAAAACCACACGUUAGAUACAAGAAACGAUGACAUGGCGUUCAGGAAAAUCAAUAAAGAAAGAGCAAACACCAUAGCUGAUCCACAAUCGGCAUUAUCCAAAGUAAGUUAUUUACUGUCAUCGCCCGUUCAUAAAGCUCUCAGAGAUGAAGAAGAUGAGACCCAACAUGCCCACACGGAUGAACCGGAUAUCACGUUUGAUGAUGUUGUUUAUCGAAAUGUUAAACACACCAAUAAUUUGUUGAAGGUUGCAGAUCCACAACCACCUUUCGGCAUUCCCUUAGGACCAAUUACUCCUGGUGCUAAUAGUGACUAUCUUCACGCCAAGCCUGAAAAUAUCUACAGGCCGUCGUUUAAACCUCGGAAAAUACCUGAUAUUGUAAAGGAUGACUUAGCUUUCCGAAAUCUUCGCAAAGAUGGUAAUAAAGGGCCAGCUUUGCCUCCUUUAUCUGUUGAUGAUUUCAAAAAUAAUAAUUCAGAGAAUGUGGCGAGUUUGAAGAAAAUGAGAGCUCAACGAUCUCUUUCUGCUAAUAUUGGCGCUUUAAUUCACAAUGAUACUCUAGAGAGAGUUCGACAAAAACGAAACCAGAAUAACGACGUAGAAAACGAGUUUAAAACAUUGACAGAUAUUGCUGACGCUAUGGAAAUAGCCAGAAAUGUAUUGAGAGACAAAGAAAACAAAAUAUCAACUACUAGAAAAGCCUUCAUGAGCGAUACAGACACAAAGUAUGUUCAGCCGGUAACUAACACAUCUAGUCUUCGAGAAAGCAGACAAAACUUUUUAAAUGGUUUGAAAAAUUCCGUUGACAAGUCUACCCAGAUAUCGAAACCGUGUUCGCCUAGGAUAGGAGAGAUCAAUUUAUCUGCCAAACCGCCUCGUGGCCUGACACCAGAAAGCCGAAGAUCUCCUAAGGAAUCAACUCCAAUACCAAUUUCUCCUCUUCAGACCAAAAGUGAAUCUUCUUCUUCGUCUUUAGACGACCUGUUAAGUGCUUUGGCAGAAGAAGCUAAGGAAACUACUGAACGGAUAACGAAAGAGCUGAAUCUACUUAACGAAGAAAAAGAAACCAAAUCCAUUCCUGAGCAACAUCAAAUUGGAAAAGGAAAUGAAGCGGAAGUUGAUAAAAAGCUAUCUGAGAUCGACGCUGUCUCAGAACAUGCUAAGCUAUGUGAAAAACUUUUGGAAUGUGUAGUAGAUAGCACGGAACUGAUGGCUUCUACAAAAAAUGACUUGGAAGUAGUGGAGCAAAUAAAUUUUGAACCUGCAGAAGAGCGUUCUGCCAACGUGGUCGUAUCUAGAAUAGAUUCCAAGGAAGAAGAUAGAAAUAAUGAAACUGGAGACUCGGAACACGAUUAUGAGAAUUUAUUGUCCGACAAAGAACUUAAUGUUGACGAAGUUGAUGUAACAACGUCUCUGCAAGAAAUUGAUGAACAAGAGAAAUGCAGAUCCCCUUUUGAAGAACACAAAUCCGAACUCAUUGCAAGUUUUCAGGAACUCAGGAACAACAUGGCGGAUAUUGAAAUGCCUGGUAAGAAGAGCGAUGAAGAAAUCAAUUCCGAAAAGAAAUCUUCAUCGAAGGUGGAUUCUGGCUACGAAAAUCUUGAAUUGAUUGAGCAAGGGGUUACAGGUGAGGAAUCGUGUGCUGGUGUUCUAGACGUUUUUGCUUUGCCAAUCACAGAAUGUGCCUUUACCUCUAAUACUAAUCCCUUAGAUAGUGAGCCUACAUUUACCUCUACAUGUGAUAUAAUUCUGAAGAAACCAGUCAAUUUCAAUGCACAUGAUGAUUCAGAGACCAGCUCUGGUUUUCACUCGAACUGUUCUUGCGGAGAAAAUUCUCAUGGCCCCAAAUCUGAUGCAGCUAUUGACGAUUUAGAUGUAGCCGCAUUAGAUUCUCUGGAAAGUUUGAAAUCGCCAAGAAUGGUUCUAGAGACUUCAAAUAAGGUUUCUCAAGAUACGAAUUCAUUCGAUAAGUCACGAGAAUUUCCAAAGAGUUCAAAAUUAGUUAUGGAAUUGAAUGAUGUAUCGAACAGAAAAAAUUCAAACAAUGAUGAUCAGCCUGGAACAUCGUUUGAUAUACAACCCCGGAAUUCUUUAGUGACGAGAGGGAUGCAUAAUUCAAGUCUUGGAACUUGUGACAAGAAACCAACCAACUCCUGGUACCGUGACCCUGCUACUCUGGCAUUUGCAUGCUCUUACGGUAUUGCAUGUGCCCACCAAUUAGCAUCCAUUGAUUUAUUUGCUAUUCUGAGCAUUUUGUUUGCUGUCCUUUCAUUCAUAACGGCCUUGUUUCUUUAAUAUCAUAAUUGUUUUAGUUAGGCUAUUUAUAUACCUUACCACUCAUUCAUAUAGUCAUAACAGAUUGACUUGAAUAAAACAGAGAAUGUGAAGGGGUAGAUAGGGAAAAUCAGUUUAUAUCUUUGAUGUGACUGGAAUAAAAGUUAACUUUUCAUCGAAUAUUUUAAGAUAUAAUAAGUUUCAUUUAUGUGAUAAAAAGAAAUAAAUUUGAAUGAAAAACGAAUUUUAUGAAAAAAUAAAUGUGAAGUAGUGACUAUCACAGUGAUGCAUUCUGGUUCCGUAUAUGGAGAAUAGAUAUACUCUGAAGGAGUCAUGAUAGAUAUCUGUUAUGGUCUUUGUUAAUGAUUUUUAUGUGGUGUUCUGUAUAGCUGUACAUAUUUUGUAUCUUUUGUAAAUUACUAUCUUGAAUAUUUCAAUGCCAAAUACUAUUUUAAAACUAUAGACUUCAUUGUCGAUAAUGUUUAUUUUUACAAUAAAUUUUGCUGUAAACCUC